AUGCUUCUACAGAUCUCGCCCAGGGAAGCAUUGAGAGAGAUUCUUGCAAGAGGUCAUAGUAGAGUUCCUGUACACUCUGAAAACCCAAAAAAUGUUAUUGGACUUCUAUUGGUGAAAAGUCUUCUUACUGUUCGACCAGAAACAGAGACUCCAGUAAGUGCAGUUUCCAUUAGAAGAAUCCCAAGGGUUCCAGCUGACAUGCCACUAUAUGACAUACUGAAUGAGUUCCAAAAGGGAAGCAGUCAUAUGGCAGCUGUAGUAAAAAGUAAAGGGAAAAACCAAAAACAAACAAUACUUGAAGAAGAACCAAAACAGAGUGAUAAUGUAACAAUUGAUGUGGAAACAAGAGUUUUGGCUAAUAAGGACAUUGAAGAAGGUGAAGUGAUUGGUAUAAUCACUUUAGAAGAUGUAUUCGAGGAACUUCUUCAGGAGGAGAUUGUAGAUGAGACUGAUGAAUUUGUUGAUGUGCAUAAAAGGAUACGCGUAGCAGCAGCUGCAGCUACUUCAUAUGUAGCAUGUGCUCCCUCAUUUCGGAGAUUAUCUGCUAUUGCUGGAGCCCAAAAUAAGCAAGGGCAAACUCAGAAGAAGCCUGGAGAGGGUGAUUCAACUUCAUCAAAGUUGCAACAGGCUCUCGUGGAGCCUUUGCUUCAAAAACAGACAUAAAAUGGUCAAUUUCUCAAAGCCACUUCAAGAUGGUUUUUGUGUGUAUGUGUGUGUGUCUAUAUAUAUGUCAUUAGCCACGUAUGGUUAAAAACUAUAAUAAAGGUGUGAAAUUUGUUGUGGAUGUGUACGAACGAAAUACUCGUUGUUUACACCAUUUUUUUCCGGCUGUAGGGGCAUAAGUUGAGUUAGGAAGGUAGAAUGGACUCACCUUACACACUAUGUGAGCAUUACAUGGCCUCUACAGAUUGUUAUUUACCUUUUUAAUUUUUAUAUUCUUAAUAACAAGC